CUGCAGAACAAAAUGUCUUGCCUUUAAAUCCAGAAGAAGUACCAAAAACGACGGUAGAUGGCCGAAAGGUAAACAAACACUCCCUUGAAUCCGAGGGAAGGUUCGUCUAGUAAACGUACUGUAUAUUUACCUGAACAGACAUCUGGGUGUUAAAUGAGGACUCCAUUGGACUUAUGAACUUAAAAGAUUGAACUUAUACUAACAGUUUGAAUGAAUAACUAAAUUAUUUCUCGUCUUUUGCCACUGGAUCGUGUUAUGCAACCAUCAUACACCAUCAUUGAAAAAACCUUAGCUUAGUUAAAAGCUAAGAUUUCUGGUUGCAGUGAGAAUUCUGGACAACUGUAACUCUUAAAAGCAAUGUGCCAUUCACCCCAUAUAGUGCAACAGUAAUUCUGUAUCUUUAACUUGUCAAAAAAUGGUGAAAGACACCACUUGUCCUAGUCAUGGGGUUGAGUUUGGUGAAGAAGAAAUGGAAAAAAUCAUGAAGCAGUUGAUUGAAGGUCAGCAUUUCCUAGUAAACUUAGGAGAGGACAUCCCAGCUGGAACUCCACCUUGGUUUGAUGAGAAAAAAUUUGAAGCUGGAAAACAGUUUGUGAAAAAAUAUUACGGUGGUAUCUUUUUUUGUCAUCUUGUAUCACUCAUUAUGAUGCUGUACUCACCGCAAGUGCUGAAACCGCUUAUCUUUACGGAAAAAUCGGAAACUCCUAAAAAAUCUUACCGAAGAUACAUUAGCACUUCCAUUCACGUCAUGAGUUGGUACAUGGGCGAUAUGUGGCAAGCUGAUAGCAAAGCUCGCCGAAGUCUUCGGUUGGUUCGUCAAUAUCACACGGAUGCGGCGACACGUCUCAACUCUGUGGAGAUUCGUCCAUCAGUCGACAACACGGAGAUCACUAAAUGCGGCCUUCCGCUUCAUAAAGGCCAGCCAAUACUUGAGGUGUUACAGAAGGACUUCAGCUCCAUUCCGAAUUGCCCGUUCUUGUCUCAGUUAAAUGGGAGCUAUAAAAACGCCGAGGCUUUCCCUGUUGAGCAGAUCCCAUAUCUAAAUCAACUGGAUAUGAGUGGAACGCAGUUUGCUUUCAUGGGACUCGUUUUGCUACACCCGGAGAAAUUUGGUAUUUCCCGCGCCACUGAGAGAGAAUUGGAGGGAUUUGUUCAUAUCUGGCGUUGUAUUGGCUGGAUUCUCGGAAUCGACGAUCGUUUCAAUUUUUGUCGAUUGGAUAGUUUGCCGCAAGCUCGUCGCUGGACCCGCUACUUUGCAGACAAACUAGUCUGUCCGUCAAUGAAAAUGUCUGUCACAGCCGAAUACGAACAUAUGGGCCGAGCUGUAGCAGACGGUGCCCGAUGUUACACAGGUAUUUCUUACGAAACAUUUUAUCUUUUCAUCGCUUGGGUACUGGGUCUUCCAAUGCCUCAACUUGAAAAACAUGCCUCCCUUGCCGAUACGUUCAGCUUUCGCAGGUUAACCUACAUCUUUGGUGUCAUCGGCAACCUCCCUUUCGGAAAUUACCUUAUUAACGGUAUCCAUUACCUCACUUUGAAGCUCAUAAUCGAUCCACCUCGUUUCUGGCCUAAACGGUUUCGUCCGCCAAUGAUCAAAGGCUUGAAAGAGUUCUGGGUCCACACUUGAAUCUAGUGAAUUACAAUAGUCACGUUUAAGAACCAUUAUGUUCCUAUCGGCUAGUCAUUGCCGUUUUUGUUUUUCGAGCUGUGACAAUUUCAAAAUACAAAGUCCUGACAGUU